AUGGAUCAUUUGAACGAGGCAACUCAGGGGAAAGAACAUUCAGAAAUGUCUAACAAUGUAAGCGAUCCGAAGGGUCCACCAGCCAAAAUUGCGCGCUUGGAACAGAAUGGGAGCCCAUUAGGAAGAGGAAGACUUGGAAGUACAGGAACUAAAAUGCAAGGAGUGCCUUUAAAACACUCUGGACACCUGAUGAAAACUAAUAUUAGAAAAGGAAGUAUGCUUCCAGUUUUCUGUGUAGUGGAACAUUAUGAAAAUGCCAUUGAGUAUGAUUCUAAGGAGGAGCAUGCAGAAUUUGUGUUGGUGAGGAAGGAUAUGCUUUUCAACCAACUGAUUGAAAUGGCAUUGCUAUCACUUGGAUAUUCUCACAGCUCUGCUGCUCAAGCAAAAGGGCUUAUCCAGGUUGGGAAGUGGAAUCCAGUUCCACUCUCCUAUGUGACAGAUGCCCCUGAUGCUACAGUAGCAGACAUGCUGCAAGACGUGUAUCAUGUGGUCACACUGAAAAUCCAGUUACACAGUUGCCCUAAACUAGAAGACUUGCCUCCUGAACAAUGGUCUCACACAACAGUAAGAAAUGCUCUGAAGGACUUACUGAAGGAUAUGAACCAGAGUUCAUUGGCCAAGGAAUGUCCCCUUUCACAGAGUAUGAUUUCUUCCAUUGUGAACAGCACUUACUAUGCAAAUGUCUCAGCAGCAAAAUGUCAGGAAUUUGGAAGGUGGUAUAAACAUUUCAAGAAGGCAAAAGAUAUGAUGGUUGAGAUGGAUAGCCUUUCUGAACUAUCCCAGCAAGGUGCCAACCAUGUCAACUUCGGUCAGCAGCCAGUCCCAGGGAACACAGCCGAACAGCCUCCAUCCCCUGUUCAGCUUUCUCAUGGUAGUCAACCAUCAGUUCGGACCCCGCUUCCAAACCUGCACCCUGGACUUGUAUCUACUCCCAUUAGCCCUCAGCUGGUAAAUCAGCAGCUGGUAAUGGCCCAGUUGCUGAACCAGCAGUAUGCAGUGAACAGACUUCUAGCCCAGCAGUCCUUAAACCAACAGUACUUGAACCACCCUCCACCUGUCAGUAGAUCCAUGAACAAGCCGUUGGAGCAACAGGUCUCAACAAACACAGAGGUGUCUUCCGAAAUCUACCAGUGGGUCCGUGAUGAACUGAAACGAGCAGGAAUCUCACAGGCAGUAUUUGCACGUGUGGCUUUUAACCGAACUCAGGGCUUGCUCUCAGAAAUCCUCCGAAAGGAAGAGGAUCCCAAGACUGCCUCGCAGUCCUUACUGGUAAACCUUCGGGCUAUGCAGAACUUCUUGCAGCUGCCAGAAGCCGAACGAGAUCGAAUUUACCAGGACGAAAGGGAAAGGAGCUUGAACGCAGCCUCUGCAAUGGGCCCCGCACCUCUCAUAAGCACACCGCCUAGCCGGCCUCCACAAGUCAAAACUGCUACUAUAGCUACGGAGAGGAAUGGAAAAACAGAAAAUAAUUCCAUGAACAUUAAUGCUUCCAUUUACGAUGAGAUUCAGCAGGAAAUGAAGAGAGCUAAGGUGUCUCAAGCACUGUUUGCAAAGGUUGCGGCAACCAAAAGCCAGGGGUGGCUCUGUGAGCUGUUACGUUGGAAAGAAGAUCCCUCACCAGAGAACAGGACCCUCUGGGAGAAUCUCUCCAUGAUCCGAAGGUUCCUCAGUCUUCCUCAGCCUGAACGCGAUGCCAUUUAUGAACAAGAAAGCAAUGCAGUUCAUCACCAUGGUGACAGGCCUUCCCACAUUAUCCAUGUGCCAGCAGAACAGAUUCAGAGCCCCUCUCCCACCACCCUUGGGAAAGGAGAGCAUAGAGGCGCUUUCUUACCAGGCCUGCUGACCGCUGGACCUUGGCUGGGUGCUGCUCCGCAGCAGCAGCAGCAGCAACAGCAACAACAACAGCAGCAACAGCAACAACAACCAGGUCCCAGACUACCCCCAAGGCAACCGACAGUAGCAUCACCAGCUGAAUCUGAGGAUGAAAAUCGUCAGAAACCCCGACCACGAACAAAGAUUUCUGUUGAAGCCCUAGGGAUCCUACAGAGUUUCAUACAAGAUGUAGGCCUGUAUCCAGAUGAAGAAGCAAUCCAGACUCUCUCCGCUCAGCUUGACCUGCCCAAGUACACCAUUAUCAAGUUCUUUCAGAACCAGCGAUAUUAUCUCAAGCACCAUGGGAAGCUGAAGGACAAUUCUGGUUUGGAGGUGGAUGUUGCAGAGUACAAGGAAGAAGAGUUGCUCAAGGAUUUAGAAGACAGCAUCCAAGACAAAAAUGCAAACACGCUUUUUUCAGUUAAACUAGAAGAAGAGUUAUCGGUAGAAGGGAACACAGAGAUUAAUGCUGAAUUGAAAGACUGAUCUAAAAGUAUUAUUUUCUUUCAACAGUGCCACUGGUAUUUACUAAUGAAAUGAAAAUUCCAUCUUGCGUUCUGUCAAAAACCUUUAUUAUUCAUUGUUUGGCCAAUGAAUCUUCCAAAACUUGCACAAAAGUUGAAAAAAGGAUAAUGCAGACUGCACUAGAUAUUUUACUCUGUUUUACAAACUGCUUCGCAGCAACAGAUGAAGCGUUGAGGAUUGUUUGAUAUUAAUUUGUGUUCACUGGAUACACUGUGAGUGUACCCAAUAAGCAUGAUACCAGUGAUUUUGAUUCUGGAGCCUUCAGACAAGCAUUACAACUUUUGUGA